UACGACACGAAACGCCCACUCCCCCAAUCACGACGGCGACUAGACCGCACCGCACACGCAACCGCCGCCCACUCGCGCGCCACCGGCGGCGCCGUCGCUCCGCCUGUUCCACGCAGCAACCGGCCGCCAUGGCCACCGCCUCCUCCUCCUCCUCCGAAUCCCGCAAGCCAGCCGCCCGCCGGGAUUUCCUCGUCCACGUCGAGGCCUACCUCUCCCGCCGCGACGGCGUCGACAAGCUCCUCAAGAUCUCCCGCUACGCCGCCCGCCUCGCCCUGGCCGCUGGCCCGCUGCCCCCCGCAGCCUCCGCCCGCCUCAAGCCCUUCGAGUCCAGCGUCGGGCUCAGCCGCAAGGCCUUCCGCCUCGGCAAGUUCGUUCAGAACGUCAACGCCCUCCGCGCCCAUCCGCAUCCGUCCACGCCCCUCGUGCUCCUCGCCUACGGCGGGGAGGGCGUCUACUACUUCCUCGAACAGUUCGUGUGGCUGGCCAAGGCCGGCCUCCUUCCCAAGCACCUUCUCCCCCGCCUCCAGCUCCUCAGCGCCUGGGCCGAGCUGCUGGGAUACGUCGGCUCCAUCACGAUUAAGCUGGAAGAGAUUGCAAAACUGGAGUCUUCCGUCAAGAUGCGGCUCAAGGAGGGUUGCGGGGAGAAGAGCGAGGCGGUGAGGACGCUGCGUGGUAAGCUUCUGCUCAAGCGGAUGUCCGUUGUGCAGGACGUGGCGGACGCCGUGAUGGCGCUGGGGGACGUGACCGACGGUAAGGGUUUGCUCGGCAGCUCGACGCUGAUGGCGUCCGCAGGCUUACUGUCCGCGUUGAUCAGCGCUCACAAGAACUGGAAUUCUUGCUGAAGCCCAAAGAGUCACGCCCAUUCCGUCACACCUCAUGGUUUUCCUCGUCCACUGCCAGCCUUGCCCUGCUCCGCCAGGACUCGCUGUCCUCCUCACCACCUCGCCCGCCGCGCUGGCGUGACAGUCUACCGCUGGUGGCACCAUGCCUGCUCAACAUAAACGCCAAGUGAAGUCCCAUUGGAUGGAUAUUUUGAUGUUUCAGCCAAUGUGUUUCGAUAUUUCUUUGUAUUGGAUUGAGAUGUUCUACUGGGUACUUUGAUGUACUUACGUACCCACUGGAGAGAAGUAAGAGCCAUAUCUGAAAUUGUACUCUUUUUGCGAUAUUUUUUUAUGUUUCAGUCAAUAUCUUUUCAAUGUUCAGUUGUGUUAAAUUAAAAUAUUGCAGCGUCAUUUUUUAUGAUGUUUCUUAUUUUUGUGUUUUGGUGAACAAGAUAUGUUGUUGUUUCAAUAGAUGAAAACACUAUUUUUCAUAAUAUACUGCGGAAAUGUUUCAGAGUAUGUUUCACCAUUUUGAAUAGCGAAAACAUUUUUAGUGAAAUGAAACAUUUUCUUCGUAUGUGAUAAAAAAACACCCGAUUUGCAGGGGAUCCCAGCUUUUGCUAAUAUGCAACUAUCUAAUUGACAUGUAUUCAUAGUUCAUUACUUCCAAAUCCUUUUAUGUUCAUACACUUACAGAAAAUUUUAUAGUUUUUUGGGAGUUAAUCCUAUGUUCCUCCCAAUAAUAUCACCUCC